CCUGUUUCUCACGUGCGCUAGGGUUUUAGGGAGACCUCUAUCUGGCACUGGCAUCUCCUGCUUCUCCGCACUGGCCCCGUCUUAAACCCUAAUUCCCUCCUCGAAUCUCCGAAGCCACCAUGCAAUGACAGACUUUCUUCCUCAACCAACACCCGAAACCCCAACUAUAAGCCCCUGCCCUACCUCUUUCCGUUACUCCCAUCCCUCCCACCACCAUGAGACCCCCACUCUCUCCAAGAACCCUCCUCUUCUUCACCUCUUAUUCUUCUCCACUUCUUGUCAAAAUCUCUCAUUUCUCAUCCUCUUCGCAUUACGCGUCCCAUUCCGUACAUCCAGGGAGACGCCACGAUGAGGAGUCCCGGAAUGUGAGAGUUUCGGUGUGGUGGGACUUCGAGAAUUGCAAUUUGCCCAGUGGUGUGAACGUCUUCAAGGUCGCCCACUCCAUAACCGCGGCGGUUCGGGCCAGUGGGAUAAAGGGUCCCGUUACCAUCACGGCGUUUGGGGACGUUUUCCAGCUCUCGAGAGCGAAGCAGGAGGCGUUGUCCUCGACUGGGAUCAAUAUCACUCACAUCCCUAACGGUGGAAAGAACAGCGCUGAUAGGUCUCUUCUUGUAGAUCUUAUGUAUUGGGUUUCUCAAAAUCCUCCACCAGCACAUCUCUUUUUAAUUUCUGGUGACAGGGACUUUGCUAGCAUUUUACACAGGUUAAGAAUGAACAACUACAAUAUAUUGCUUGCAAGUCCUGAAAGUACACCUGGUGUUCUUUGUAGUGCUGCAAGUAUCAUGUGGCAUUGGCCUUCCUUGAUUAGAGGGGAAACCCCGACUGGGAAGCAUUUUAAUCAACCCCCAGAUGGUCCCUAUGGUUCUUGGUAUGGCCACUCUAAGGUGCCUCUUGAGGAUCCCUUCUCAGUUACUGAGCAACCAGCCUCACGAGCUGAGGACUUGCCUGAAACUAGUCCAGAUUCUAAGCCUCGUCCUGUUCCAAAGACAAUGACAAAGCUGAUUCGCUGUAUAUUGAAUAGUCAUCCUGAAGGAAUUUCCAUUACAGAACUUCGUUCCAAGUUGGGAAAUUCUUUGAACAUAGACAGAGACUUUUAUGGGUAUAAAAAGUUUUCCCUCUUUCUUCUAUCAAUGCCACACAUUUUAAAGCUUCAGUCUGAACGUGAUGGUCAAUUUGUUGUACAUGGUAUCACCUCUAAAACCCCUGAACCAUUUCAGUCCAAUCCAGCCUUGUUCCCAGAACCUGCAAGUAAUAACGGAGUCCAGGACUUCUCUGCAACUUCAAAGUCAAAUGGUGAGCUGGGAUCUGUUGCUGGAGGUGUAAAUGGGAAGCCAUCAUUAUCUCCAUCCCCCGAGACAAAUGUGAAGGGGCCUCCUAAAAAAAUUCAAGAACCUUCUGCACUUGGCAGAUCUGUUACAGGAGUGAUGGAUGAGAAGUCAGCAGUGCCUUCAUCCCCUGAAUUAAACGUUGAGGAGGUGCAACAGCACUCUCCACAUGAGGAGAAGGGUGUUGAACAGGUGAAGAACCGUCAUUUGCCUCCAGUGGUGGAACUAGAUUCUGCAUCUGCAGUGGGUUUUUUAAACAGAGUUUGGAGAAAAUGUUUUGGCAGAAUUGAUGGUGGUCCCAUGAAUAAAAUUCAAAGCAUUCUAGAAAAAUGUUCUACUUCUGGUGUUAUGUCUGAGAAAAAAGGUCAUGAAACUGCUGAAUAUGGUUCCACUGUUAAUGGCUCAAAAAUGGCAAAAGCUGAGGACAAAUGUGUGAACUCAACAAGCCUGGAUGCUAAACCAAUAUGUCAGGUGCCAUAUUCUUCUGCCAAUAAUGGGUCGGCUAUAGACAGCAAAACUGCUACAGUUUCUGAAGCUUAUGGUAAUAACUCAAGCACAGGUCCUGGUUUCUUCAACCAGGUGGUAUAUUGGUGUAAAUUUUGGAGAAGUAACCCAAAUUCUGAUAUAUUAAAUGAUCAACCCAGAGAUAAACUGGAGCAGAACUUAUCAAAAAAUAAAGUGGAGCAGAUAAAUAGUGGUUCUGAAAAGCAUAGCUUAUUUUCUAUGGAUUCUUUUUGGAGUGACAUGGAAUCUUUUCUGGGCACAGUCAAUGGUUCGGUUAUUGUCUCCCAGUCAAGGAACAGGGAACAGAUGGCACAAAAUCUGCAAAAGGAAGGGCCACCAGCUCUUAGAUCUCUGAGUGAAAGUGACGUCCUCCAUUUGGUAGAUUUAUUAAUAUCAGAAAUGAAAUGGAUGGAAGAACGCCCCUCUCAGACAUCACCUUUCAAACUCACUCGGCCGGUUGGACAGAGCUCUUUGGUUCAAGCUCGCGGUUCAAAUGGGUUGAGCUCUAUCUUUCUGGGCACAACAUUACAGACAGCAGAACAUGGAGAAAGAAAAUAUCAAAAUAUUCCUCAUACUGGAGUUUCUCCACCUGCUGUUCACAAGAAACCUUCAGUCAGAUCUAGAAGUGAUAUAUUAGCUGAUUGUGAGAAGCUCGUGAAUGAGAUAUUAAAGAAUUAUCCAAAUGGGUUUAAUAUGGGCUCCUUCAGAAAAACUUUCCUUGGGAGGCAUGGUUAUCCUCUUGAUUUACGGAAGCUUGGGCAUCAAAGUUUGGUAUCCCUGUUACAGAUAAUGCCUGGGGUGAAAAUAGUCUCCACUCAGAUUUUUCCCUCUAGUGAAGCCUCAAGUAGUUCAGGCCUAGAAAUUGCCCUUCCUGAUAGUCAAGAAAAUAGUGCUAGUCAUUCAGUUGCCAAUUCAGAUAGUGAAUUGUCUGAUUCAACAAAGAAGAAUGAUGAUUUUGAGUCUCCAUGGGAAGAAUUAGGGCCUGUUGCUGAUACAAGUUCUACAAAAAAUGAAAUGGAAUCAGUCAGAUCUAGAAGUGAUAUAUUAGCUGAUUGUGAGAAGCUCAUGAAUGAGAUAUUAAAGAAUUAUCCAAAUGGGUUUAAUAUGGGCUCCUUCACAAAAACUUUCCUUGAGAGGCAUGGUUAUCCUCUUGAUUUUCAGAAGCUUGGGCAUCAAAGUUUGGUAUCCCUUUUACAGAUAAUGCCUGGGGUGAAAAUAGUCUCCACUCAGAUUUUUCCCUCUAGUGAAGCCUCAAGUAGUUCAGGCCUAGAAAUUGCCCUUCCUGAUAGUCAAGAAAAUAGUGCUAGUCAUUCAGUUGCUAAUUCAGAUAGUGAAUUGUCUGAUUCAACAGAGAAGAAUGAUGAUUUUGAGUCUCCAUGGGAAGAAUUUGGGCCUGUUGCUGAUACAAGUUCUACAAAAAAUGAAAUGGAAUCAGUGUCAAGGAGGAAAACUAUAGAACAAACAGAGAGGCAAAAAUAUCCUGAUUAUGAACCUUCCAUCUCUGAUGAUGACUUCUCUGAUUCAGAUGGGGAGACCUCUGUGUUAGCUGGACGUGAAAGGCAUGGGAAAAGAAUGAACGAGGAAGAUAGUUCCCUACUGCAAAUUCUAGAUUCCUGGUACAGCACUAAGGAAGGUGACAAUAAAAAGAACGAGUUAGAAAAUGUUGAUAGCAUGGUUGAUUAUUCAAAAAACGGUUCAAAGCCAUCUGGUUCAUCCGCCAAUGGCACCGGCAGUGAACCUUGUACAGGAAACUCUGUCCGGAGGCAAAGAGCUAAAAAGAUUUUAUUUGUUGCUGACCCAGUUGAGGUUAACAAGGACAAGUUGAUUGAUGGAAUAUUGGGUAGCCUGAAGAAAUCAGAUGAAUCAAGGGUGCAGGGCUGAAGGGUUCAAAAACAAGAUGUGAUGCAUCCGGGGUUCUCAGGUUGAAUGCUGGAAAUGGGACUUCCGGGCUAGUGAGAAAGCUUUAUUAGAAUCAGGUGGUAAUGAGUUAUAAUCAUGCAUCAUUCAUUUUUUGCAGAUUUUUUUUUAAAGGAAAAAAAACUAUUGUAUUGAGGUUAGAGCCUCGGAGGUGGGAUACGAGACCAUUGGCACUACCAGGAAUGUAUGUUUUGGCUUAAAUCCAACUGAUGGUUAGGGGUGACAGCGAUAUUAGAGAGUAUAUCAUUACCAAGGCACAGAACAUGCUAACAUUAUAUUUAUAUUUCAUGCUGAUUAGCAAUUUGGAUUGCA